UUAAACCACAAACACAAAAACUGACACCUCAUUUUCAUUCGAUGCAUUAUUUAUAUAUAUUAUAUUAUAUCUGUAUUUGUUUUCUUCCGUAGAGAGGACAAUAUGCAUUACUGCGUCGCAGUAGGAUGAAUCUCAUGAGGGUGAAUGGUUAAUUGUUUUUUCACGGAGUACACCCGAACGCACCUCGCUGGGACAAUUGUUUGGGCGGGAUAUAUGAAUUAUUGCUAACUCCCCACAAAAGAUGCUAAUUGUGAGUCAAGUUGUAUGUUUUUACCGUCACAUUUGUUUGUCACGAUAAAUUUCAUCAUGUUUAUGGACAUUUUCGACUACCUCUAACCUCAAGAAAGAGUUGAAACAAUGAAUCACACGGUGAACAUCAAAGAAUUGAUGAGCAAGCAACCAACAAGAAGCAGAAAUGCAUCUUCGUGUGGAAGCACCAAUUUCACAGAUUCUCAGUUUUUCUUUGGCUCUCAGUUUUGGCGAGAUAAUUCCCAAGGCUUGUCUCAGGAAAUGAGUUUGUCCUCCAGGAACUCCCAACAAAGUUCACAAGAAGGAAGUGACCCAAAGAGUGUGACCAGUUAUAUUUCCAAACCUCUCCUAUUUGGAGACCCAAAGGACAAACACCAAGUGUUUGGACUUCUUGAUAAGUUUGAGGAGGAGAAGAAACAAGCUAAAGAAAAAGAUGACAGUAAUAUUCUUCUAAAAGAAUGUCUUCACAUUCGAGAAACACUCAACAAAAUCCAGCAACUAGUUGUUGGCAUUGAAGAAAAAUCAUCUGAAUGCCAAACGGUCCUCCAAAAGUUAGACACUCUGUCCUCAACAUUGCAAAAUAUAAGCAGCAUCCAAAGCGACAUUUCGCAACAGUUUGAGGCAUUGUUGAACACAGUGAACUCCCAGAAGGAGAUCAUGACAGAACUAGGAGAGCGAGUGCAAAAGAAUGAAGUCGCCAGCAUAGAACGUGGAUCAAAUAUGCAAAGUGAUGUAGAGCUUUUGAGGAAGGAGUCGGAAAAAGCCAGUGUGAAUCAUGAAAGCAUGCUUGAGGAGGCCCUGCGUCUGCUCAAUGCAUUAGUUUCUGACCAUUCAGCCAAGCUCUGUCCUGGAAAAGUGACUGACACAGCUAUGCAGACGUCACCAGGACAGGACGAAGGGGUCCAACUGACACCUAAUUCCCUUCCGUUGCACAACCAUGUUCCCGCUGUGGAUUUGGGAAUAAGGAAAUCCAGGUCAAGAGUUUUCCGAAGGCACAAAAAAAGACCUUUGGUGCUCCCCCAGAAAUCCAAUCUCACUGUCUCUGAUGAAAACAUUCAACCUCUCACCAACGGUAGAGAACAACAAAAUCCAUUGAAGCCUCUCUGUGACUCCUCUGUUGUGAACGAGGUAAGCAGUGGCAGUUUAUUUCAACCAAACACAGGUGCCAGAUCAACUGAAGCUGCUGGAUGUUUCAUCACACCUCUCAGCUGCUGGUCUCAGGAAAGUAACCGCUCUGACAGCAUCGAAGUAGUCAAUCCUAUCUUAAAGAAGGUGAUUACUGACUCCAAUGCAGGAACCGCCAUGACUACUGAUGCUCUCUGGCAAUUGUUUGACAUGGGUUAUGACUAAGAAAGUUUUUUUAAUAUAUAUAUAUAUAUAACAUGAUACAAGAGCUUGUAUUUUACCUCAUUGUAUUGGAGUUAUUACGUUUAAGAAUAAUGUUGGUUGAAGAGGAAGCAAUGCAUGCAAGACAGAACUCUUGACAUGUCAAAUCUGCUCCAGUUCAAAUUUAAUUUAAAGUGUUUGUGUCCAAUUUUGUAUUUGCGCAGUUGACUAGUGAGUUAAAAAAAAACUAAACCCUGUAUCGCAUUAAUUUAUUUGUACUGUUUCAGUAAGAAUGCAGACCUAAGAAGGACAAAUAUUUAAUUAAAGACGGCAUAACUUUAUACUUGAUAAACCCUGAUAAAUACAUGUCUUAAUUUUGAGAGAAGAAAAGGUGCCAUCAAUUGUUAUUGAAGAUAAGGUGCAUGUUUAUUACAAAAAUAG